AUGAGGUUUCCGACAGUGCUUUCGGCCUUCCUAGCGGCGGUCCUCGCCAGCGCGGCAGAGUCGACAAGCCGUACCACGUCCAUCUACAUCCAGCCGCUCACUUCCGCCGAAACCGAACCGACCCCGUCCCUUCUCGUUGAGCUAGCCGUCCCGGAUCUUCACCCAUUAUCAACAACAACAGAAGACUCGGAAGAGACAUCGGAAGUCUUAUCUUACGAGGCCCCCGACAUAGACCCGUCAACAACUGAACUCGUCCGUAUCGGCGUCUACGACGCCGCCUCGCAGCGCUGGAUCUCCUCGACUUCGGUGGCAUCGGUCGAGAACUUCGCCAAAGGCUACGCGCCGCGCUUCGUGCUCUCGCUGGACGCUGACGGCAACUACAUCGGCGUGCUCUGCCGCGGUGUGGCGAUCGAUGCGGGCCAGACGAGGGACUUUGGCCCGCAGGCUGUGGUGGUGCGGACGACCCUGGGCGCGCAGCCGGUGCUGGGGAAGCCGGUCGUGCUGAGCCAGGAUGGGAGAAAGGUGGUGGCGCCCGAGGAGAAGACCUUUUUGCAGAAGUACUGGUGGGCGUUGGCGAUCGGGGCAUUUUUAAUGCUUUCUGGAGGGGGAGAGCAGAAGUAA